AUGAAGCUUCUUUGGACUGUUUUCGCAGUCAUUCUUGGAUUUGUGCUUUACGCCUCCAACGUUUUUGCAGCUUCUGGAGCUGGAGAGCAGGUUUCUCCUGUCAUCACUCACAAAGUUUACUUUGAUAUUAAGCAGGGCAAUGAAGAACUUGGCCGAAUUAUUUUCGGUUUGUAUGGUGAGGUUGUCCCCAAAACCGUUGAGAAUUUCCGGUCCUUAGCUGCUGGAGAUAAAGGUUUUGGAUACAAAGGCUCCAGUUUCCACAGAGUUAUCAAGCAAUUCAUGAUUCAAGGUGGUGACUUCACCAAUGGAGAUGGUACUGGUGGCAAGUCUAUUUACGGAAGCAAGUUUGAGGAUGAGAACUUUACUCUCAAGCACAGCAAACCAGGUUUGUUAUCAAUGGCCAAUGCUGGUCGUAAUACCAAUGGCUCUCAAUUCUUCAUUACUACUGUCGUCACCUCUUGGUUAGAUGGUAAGCAUGUUGUCUUCGGCGAAGUUUUGGAUGGUAUGGAUAUUGUCAAAAAGAUUGAGAAUACCAAGACUGGUUGGGGUGACCGUCCAUCAAUUGCUAUCACCAUUGCUGAUUCUGGUGAGAUUGCCUCGAUUCCCACUGGCGAAGAGGCCGAAAACGUCCAUGAGGACCUGUAG